AUGAAAGAAAAGCUGAUAAUAAACCGGUUUUGGUACGGAUUCAUACAGUGGAAAAUGGAAAAAGACUGGCAGAAUUCCACUGAAAUAGAAUCAGAAUUCCAAAACAUCAGGGCAAUGACUGGUUUAAACUCAAUCGAAGACAUUGUGCAAAAGUUUGCUUCUAAGAACGAAAACCAUAAUAUUUUAAUUCAAAAAAUUGCAAAACCAGAAAAAAACCUCGGCGAUUUAAAGACUGAAAACGAAAACACCAGAAAGCAGUUAUAGAGGCUGCCUUUGAGUAGCGCUCUAAGCGCCCGAGACUUCCCGACGAAGUCUGGGCGGUGGUUUGACCAGCUGAUGUUGGUCAAACCAACAUCCAAUUUGACAAACCUUCUGUAUGAGAAGAAUUUGUCAUUUUGGAUGUUGGUUUGACCAACAUCAGCUGGUCAAACCACCGCCCAGACUUCGUCGGAAAGUCUCGGGCGCUUAGAGCGCUACUCAAAGGCAGCCUCUAUACAAGAACUUUUGCUUGUUAAAGGAGAAAAUAAUGAUAGGCCUCAUAAUAGCGAGCUAAGAGCGAUUGAAGGCCAAUUGAAGCAGAAGACAAAGAGCUUAAUAGCAUAA